UAGUUACAGAACAAUUUAAAAAAAAAAACAAAUCCAACGAGGCGAAGGCGAGACGGAGUGGUACACAACCUUGUUCCUUCCUUGGAAAAGAGAAGAUAAGAGCUUCUUCUUCUUCUUCCUGGUCGUUUAAGAAAAAGAAGUCUCUCUCCUUCCCUUUUUUGAUCUCUGAAAAAAGAAUCUGUCUUUGCAAUGGAUCAGAUGUUCAACAAGGUUGGAUCCUACUGGUUAGGUCAUAAGGCGAACAAGCAGUUUGACUCUGUUGGUGACGAUAUCAACUCGAUAUCAACGAGCAUCGAAGGAGGAACAAAAUGGUUGGUCAACAAAAUCAAAGGAACAAUGCAGAAGCCGUUGCCUGAGCUGCUGAAAGAAUAUGAUUUGCCUGUGGGUAUCUUCCCACGGGAUGCUACAAACUACGAGUUCGAUGAACAGACCAAGAAACUGACGGUGCUGAUCCCAUCUGUCUGCGAAGUUGGCUACAAGGACUCAUCCGUCCUCAAAUUCACCACAACAGUAACGGGAUAUCUCGAGAAAGGGAAGCUAUGUGACGUGGAAGGGAUGAAGACAAAAGUGAUGAUAUGGGUCAAAGUCACAAGCAUCUCUGCGGACUCAUCAAAGGUGUAUUUCACUGCGGGGAUGAAGAAGAGCAGAAACCGAGAUGCUUAUGAGGUUCUAAGAGAUGGCGUUCGAGUUGAUAAAUUCUAACUCCUUCUGCUGAUGAGAGUAUACAUAUAUAUAUUCUCAUCUGUUAUCAAUUAAAUUAUUAAGUUUUAAGCUUUUUAUGGGUUUGCAUGAUGGUGUUAUGAUCUGAAGAAUUAACUUGUGCUGUAUGGAUUCGAUUGAUGAAGAGUAUUCUUGGUUUUGUAUAAAACAAAUUCCAUGA